AUGGCAAGCAAUUCAGGAAGAGGAUACCCUACAAAUGGUUCCAUCUAUGUUUGUAAUUUACCUGAGGGAACUGAUGAAAAUUCUUGGUUGCUUGACUUUGUUGCAUUUUUCGGUGCAAGCAACUCGGAUGAGACUGAAUCAGUAAUGAAGUUACUUUGGGACUUAAUUAAUCCUGGAACUGACUCUAGUAUUGAAAGGAAAGAUUCAUUAGCCGUUUUAACUGCCAUGAUAUCCGGUUGGUCCUUUCUUCUUUCUACCAUUGAUGGGUGGAGGCUAAGUCACAAAAAUUGGCAAGGGGCAAUUACAUACUUCUCCAACAUAUUAGACAGUAAUGAUGAAGCACUAUGUGCAGCAGCAUGUGAGGCUCUUGCUUUAGUAGUUGAAUCCAACUGUCUGGAGAAAUUCUCAAGUAAAACCAAGGAUUCAAACAAAGAAUUUAAGGACAACAUUAUAAAGCAACUCGAAGCGGUUGUCGAAAGCAGCAAUGAAAGAAUUUCUAGUCAAGAUCCAAGAACGGGUUCAAUUACGCCUCACCGCUUUAGAUUUCCUAAAGGCUGGUUUUGUGUAGCUGAUCAUUUACCUUAA